AUGCGCUAUUGCAACUCCCUCUGUAUCAUUCCANAAGCCACUCCCUUACGACCUCUAGCGGCGUAUCAACGGCAUUACUGUGCUAAAACUACUGAAAUAGAACAAUCAAACUUACCAUCGAAAGAAACGCUGUUUAAAGUGGAUUGGCUUCUUGAAUAUGUUACUCCAGCCCUUUUAAAAUCAAGAGUGACACCAUUCUUUGAUAUUUGCCUGGAUGAUGUCUCAUUUGAGGAUAAACUCUACAAUUACAAAUUUUCCCGAAAAUCCCAAUUGUUUUCACAUGUUGCAAAAAUGAGGUUAUAUUUUCGUUAUCGAUCACCUUAUAACAAAGUAGAGAGGAUUGGUUCGUGUAUCUAUGAAAAUGAAGACGUUAUCGUUUUAUUAUGGCGGCUGACUACUCUAGAAUCUAAUUUUUUGUCGUAUUUUCCAUCAUUCAUAACAGGAAAGGAGCAAAAGAUGAACGUAGCUGAAGGAGCCCUUGAUGUUCAUGUUAAUCGUGAAGGAUAUGUCUAUAAAAUCGUGAAUAGAAAGAUCACCGCAUCAGAUCGUGAGGGUGCCAAAGUCAUGGAAGUGAUGAAAGCCGAGCAGGAAGAAGCGCGAAAGAAAGCGGAAGAAAAGGAGCUUCGUCGUCAAGCCGAAUCCCUAAUGGAAGAGGAAAAACGACGUGGAACCGUUUAG